GAAAACCGUCAGAUAUAAUCUUUAACCUGCAAAUUCGUUAGAGCUUUUUUCAUUCGCAACAGCAAAACAAAUUGAGAGAAGAAGAAGAAGAAACAGGUUCUUCUAAGAGAUGGCUCGUACCAAGCAAACUGCUCGUAAGUCUACAGGAGGAAAGGCUCCUAGGAAGCAACUUGCCACAAAGGCUGCGCGUAAGUCUGCUCCUACCACUGGUGGUGUGAAGAAGCCACACAGAUACCGACCUGGUACUGUUGCUCUUCGUGAAAUCCGUAAGUACCAAAAGAGUACUGAGCUCUUGAUUAGGAAGCUUCCAUUCCAGAGGCUUGUUCGUGAAAUUGCCCAGGACUUCAAGACUGAUUUGCGUUUCCAGAGUCAUGCGGUGCUAGCUCUGCAAGAGGCUGCUGAGGCCUACUUGGUGGGUCUCUUUGAGGACACUAACCUUUGUGCCAUUCACGCUAAGCGUGUGACAAUUAUGCCCAAGGACAUUCAGCUUGCCAGGCGAAUCAGGGGCGAGCGUGCUUAGUUUGAUUACUGAAGUAGUAGCUUUGUUUGUCGUAUUUUUACUCUUUUUCUUGAUAGACAAAGACGAUUAAUCAAAGUCAGUAGUAGGGCAAUGUGCUUCUAAGUUUGUUUUGGUAGCUGGAAAACAUGGUAUAUUUUGUUUGGAUCCUAUAAUGUUUUGUUGUCACACCACUGGUGUUGAACAAUGUUCAGUGUUUUCAUCUAAUGGUUAGUCCAAGUUGUUGUAAA